AUGCUCCACCACCUCAGCGCCCGACGCCAGGAGAGCAACAUUGUGGCUCCCAACACCCAGAGCAGCAGGGGCACGAUUGAUGCUCAGGAAGCUGAAUUGGUCUUCAUGCUAAGGACUUGGCCCGGGUGGAGUGCCGCCGGAUACUCGACUUCGUUCGGCCGGGCUCCCGGCGGCUACAGCACACUGGAAAGGAAGUGUGCCAGAGCAGACCCAGAGGCCGUAGAGGUUGUAGAGGUUGUUGACGUGGAGGACGUUGAAGAGGAACCAACUUCGGCGCCCGCAGUGGUACCGCGAUCCUCUGAAGGUUCCCGGUCUCCACCCACCGCCAAGUGGUGGCCAAGGUCACGAGCUGCGGCGCCCGACAGGGUACCGGGCCCCUCGUCGAGAGACAGUCGGUCACGGCCCUCUUCGUCUUCGUCCGGGAUGGCUCCCUUGGCGACAAGAUGUCCUCGGGAGGCGCCGCGAACUCCGGUUUAUGGCGAGCGUCGGCGCCGUAUCAGUGGGAUACUUAGUUGCAUCCUGCGCCACGACGCCGUCCGUCUCCGCGUCCCCAUCCUGGGUGACGGCACCUGUGAUCUGCGCACGCUGGUCCAGGCAAGGGACUUGCGCCAGCUCGGCGUUACCGAAGGCGAAGUUCUUUAUGUGGUCGACACCGACAGGCUGGAUGAUACCCGUAUGUAUGAGACUCUGACGGCUCGCUCGGUGGUGGGUCUCACAGCCUUUCACGGGACACGCCGUGACCGGCUGGCGGAGAUCAUGAACAGCGGUCUCCAGGCAGGCGGCCCCCGCGGGGACCGGGCCCACAUCCACAUGGCCACGAGCAUGGAUGGGGUUAGAGCAGACUCGGAGGUGGUGCUGGUCAUGAACCCCGAAAUCCUCCUGGCAGCCGGCCUCACGCUCUUCCGUUCACGCAAUGGCUACCUGCUGACGCCAGAUGCCAUCGCCCCUGAGCAUAUCCAGCGCGUCAUCCGCUGCAAAAGCAUCCAGCAAGGGCUGCUUCCUGCUCUCGGCGCCCGUCUGGGUACCGUCAUAGGUAGUUGCGGAGCAGCCGUUUCAUGCCUGCAUGCCCGCCGACUUGCGCAGAUGGACCAAGAUAGAGGGGACCGCUGCAGCCGAGCCCGCUGCAGCGGCUGCAGCGUCUUCAACUGUGCCGCCGGCUACGCAGCAGCGGGUGGAGGCAUCUUCUGGCAAGCAAGCCCCAGUGGUGCCUCCGAUGGCUCCGUCACCUGUGCAACAGUCUGGGCAUGGAUGUCUCUGGAGGCGCCACAGAACAGCAACAUUCCACUGCGUCCCCCCAGAGGGUCGACGGAUGGGCCCAGGUCAGUGCCGGCGCCAGUCCUGAUACCCGCGGUUGCUUUUACAGCCACAGAAUCCGAAUGUGUUCGAAUCUGGGGUAUCUUCGACUCUGUCAGAGAGAUUUCCCAUCGUCUUAAAGCUGCCGGGCAUGCUGAGCGGUAUCGGGCCUUCUUGGCCAAAGGCCACUACCGCAAGUACCACUCAGCCUUUCACAACUCUCCGGCCACCUCGGGUGUGCCGCGCGUGGGCAACUGGUGCGUGGGUGCUGCGGCGACCUGUCUGCUUCCCGAGGUCCACGUCUUUUUCCCAGGAGACCAGCCGGAAGCUGUGGGAGACGCGACAGAGGCGUGGUUUGGCCGGGAAUGUGGUGCGACGCUCCCUCAUGAGCCUCUCCAACUUCCACCUCCUGCUGAUGUGGGUCUCGAAGCCUCCCGAUAUGAGUGGAAGCAGGACUUCUGUGCGCUGCUCAACCUGACCCACUCUCUCCACGAAGGUAUUCCGACAGGCCUGUAUAGGAAGCUUCACUGGUGGGACUCCUUAGCAAAUAGGGAACUAGCCUUUGCCCAGUUUUUUCCGCGCCCGAGUGGGCUGACGGCCCCCCAAGGGGACCGAGGCGCAGCUGCAGAGCCACUGCGGCCAGGGCGUCGUCACUUUCUCACGCCUGACUCGGACACCUCAGCUUCAGUGGCAUUUUACGAGAUGUGCUGUAGGCAGUUGCUUCGGUUAAAGCUGCGAGUCACACUCGUAAGUUCCUCAAGCCUCUGUCAGGUACGUGGCCUGUUUUCGCGGAAUCAGGCCUGGUGGCUCUGGCCUUGGUUGCUUGCUCUCAUGUUCAAGCACUUUCUCAAAGUUAACUUCAGCUGUGUCAGUUAUGCAAUGUGCCAACGCACGUCGAGCCGUCCCGGUCCCAAGUCCGGGGCUAGACACACCUAUGUGUUUCUUCUCGUGAUUUUCUCGACCUUGGUGGUGUCUAGUGGUGUGAGGGUUGGUGGUCAGGGUACCUCCCCGCCACCCGGAGGGGCUGGUGCUCCAGGUCUCUCUGUUAACAAGGCUGUCCCGAAGCCUAGAGGUAGGAAUGUUCCUGACUUGCUGGCUUCUCCCCCUACCUUCAAAACUGCAAAACGAGCCUUCCAGAGGGCUCUGCGUCGAGCGCAACUUCAUGGUACCACCAUGUAUCGCGGCCGUUGUCGUACUUUACAGGAACUGGGUGGCCGUCCGGGAGCUGUGUUCACCUCCAAGGGUCUGCCAGGUUCUUCAACUGCUGCUCCCUCCCGCUCCCCCUAUGCGAAGCAUGGCCCCCGACUUACCGUGCUUACGCUCAAUGUGGGCGGUCUCUCGCAGGACGCGUGGGACGAAGUGCAGAUCUGGAUACAUGACCAAUGCACUCAGGACAUCAUCCUCCUGCAAGAAACACAUUGGUCACACAGCAAUAUGUUCUUUCUCCCUCGCUACAUUGUGAUCCAUUCGGGUACUGCUGGCCAUCGUCAUCAGGGGUGUGCGAUCUUACUAUCUAAGCAACGAUUCACACCCUCCGGAGUGCGGUGGGCGCCCAUAGUUCCGGGCCACCUCCUUCACGCGCGGGCCUCUCUGGGAACAAAGCCGGUGGACGUAGUAUGUUUGUAUCAGCACUGCUGGAGUCACAACGGGGAUACUGCCUCGCUUCUGCAACGAAGGGAGCGUCUCUGGGUACAGCUGGACAAACUUCUCGGAGGAGUUCCGCGGCGAAACGUGUUGGUGUUGGGCGGGGAUUUCAAUGUCGGCGGCCGUAUGGAUGGUCAAGUGUUCGGCCCAGGCACUAAAUCUGCCAGAGCGCCCCCUCCCGACCAGCCACUCUUUCAGAGUCUGUUGCAGACUCACUCCCUGCAAGCAAUCAACACUUGGAAGAGUGGCUUACGUGCCUUUACCUUUCAGAAUGGAGAAACGUUCACUCAAAUUGACUUUCUGAUUGGCCGUGCGCGUCAGGUUGAUGAUAUGGCUCGUGGCGCUGAGUCGGACCACAACUGUCCUGUCUUGAAGUGGCGGUACGGCCCUCUGCACCACCCGGUCUAUGGGUCGUUUCCUGCCUGCUGGUAUGCCACUGCGCCGGCCACUCCCAGUGUGCCGAAACAGGCAAAGCUUAGCCUUGCCCAAACUCCUGAAGCCAUUCGAGCCUUCCGCGAAAAACUGGCGCUUGCGUUGCCGAACGCUGAAACGCCGCAGGAGCUUAACGACUGUCUUCAAGAAGCGGCGACGCCUCUGAUGGUCGAAGAGCCUCGCCCUCCUCUCUCGCAUCUUCCACAGGUGCGCGGCUUAGUGGGAGCAAUGUGGGAGGCACGGCGUCGUGCUCUCGAGGUUUCUUGGUCGACUGGUCUUUCAGUGCUUCCUCUGAGCCUGUCAAAUAUUUGGGACGUGGUGGUGCGACUACACUUCACAGCCCGCGUCAGAAUACAGCUGCGCAGUGUCUGGCAGGGCUGGUGCUCGGCUGCGAGAUAUCUUGCCCUGCACAGGGCGCUGCGAAAGACCAGUCGUAAGGCGAGGCGGCAAGUGAUGGACGACCGCAUCUCCGCUGCGGCUCAGGCAGAACAACAAGGGGACCGCUCCGCUCUUUUUGCGGUCGUUCGAACGUUCAUGCCCAAACAACCGCGGAUGCGGACCCAGCUUCGGGGUCCGGAAGGCGAGUUGCUCUCCUCUGCAGCUGAAGCAGAUGCAUAUGAGGCAUACUGUCGUACGGUGUAUGCUCCUGCUCUCUCUGCGCGGGAAGAGCUCCCACCGCUGGCACCGCCAGCUGAAAACACUGCGCCGCCCGUGUCCCUAACCCUGGAACACGUCCUCCAGGCUCUCCGGUCUUUCUCCGCGCGAAAAGCAGUUCCCCGUCAUCUGGCUCCCAUCCUGCUCUGGAAACUCGGUGCUGAUCUUGUUGGCCCUCACCUCCAUCGGCUCUACUUGCAGGCCAGGCCUCCAGCGGCUGUUUUCCCCCCGCUUUGGGCCGACUCCUGGCUGACUUGGUUGCCUAAGCAGGGGAAGACGGGUACCACCCCAGCGGAGCAACGCCCCAUAUCCCUGACGGAUUGCGGGGGGAAGGCGGUCACCAAGGCGUUCACCUCCCAACUCCAGCCCACUCUUCGGGAGGCGUUGGCUCCGUGGCCGCAAUUUGCUUAUCUCGGUGGUCGAUGCAUUGAGCACGCCGUCGCCAGAGUAACGGCCCACUGUGUGGCAGUUCGGGAUCGUCUUGCUUCCGGAAGAGUGACCCUGAAACAGCGCAGGGCCGGCAGUGGCCCACAGGGCCAAUGUUAUGGGGGAGUUAUGGUUAGUGUUGACUGCUCCAAGGCCUUCGACACGGUCGAUAGACAGGUCCUUAAAUCGGAGCUGUGCAGCGCAGGAGUCCACCCUGAGGACGUUGACUUCAUAAUGCGCAUGCACACGGCCAUCUCCUAUCACCCUGUGCCCAAGGAUCCCCGCCGCGCGGUUCACAGCAAACGGGGUGUUAGGCAAGGCUGCGCUUUAGCUCCAUCUUUAUGGUCGCUCAUCACCGUUGCCUUACUGCGUGCCCUCGCGGAGAAAUGCGGCACCCAAUGGGUCACCGACCUUGUCACUAUGUAUGCGGACGAUCUCCUGGAAACCUGGGAGGUGUACACCAGAAAGGACCUGGAUCUGCUCAUGCAGGCUGUCAGUCAGAGCUUUCAGCUGCUGGAAGCGCUCGGACUGCAAGUCCAGCCACAGAAGACCAAAGUGGUCCUCGCGCUUAGGGGAAGGCAAGCGCGCCUUUGGAUACGUCGACACACCUUGGACACCCCCGAUGGCAGAGUCCUUCUUAUCCCGGCCCCCAACGGGAAGCCGCACCAUCUGCCAAUUGUGUCCUCCAUCAAGUACCUGGGGGUAGUUCUCAGUUAUGGCGACUUUGAGGGCGCCACGCUGACACAUCGCCUGUCCUGCGCAGAAGCAAAUCGCUCUCGUAUUCUCCGUAUCCUUCACUCCCGAUCGGUUAGCUUGCGGCGUAGAGUUCAGCUGUGGCGGGCGUGCGUCUUCUCCUCAGCCGUGUAUGGCCUGCACGUUGUUGGCCUUCGGCCCAAGCAUCUCCGCAGGCUGACCGUUGCUCUGGUCAGACACCUUCGGGCAAUCGCUGGCAGUUUCGCGCACAUCCACCACGAAGCUAGUAGAGCUCUCCUUGACAGACUCGGCGUGGCGGACCCCCUGGAGGCGAUCCGGCAGAGGAACCAAACUCUAGUCGAAUCUAGCUGGAGUACCAAAGACCCGCAGGUCUCUCAUCCCAGGGUUCUAGGUCGACUCCGAGUGGUAAAUGAAGCCCUGACCCGACUCUCAAGUUCGCUUCGGGCCCAAACUGAGGCUGUUCAAGGCGAGCUCGUCGAUCAGGUGCUGCCCUCUCCGCCACAAUCUCGAGAGGGAGCUCCGUGGGGUCAGCUGGUACACAGCUCGGGCGGGCUUAAGGAAGCUCUCUUCCACUGCUGGCAUUGCGACCUGUGCUUCGCAGAAUUGGCUGCCUUGAAGCGUCAUCUGCAAGAUGCCCAUGAUGCUCACACCCUGCCGGUAUCCUCGGAAACGGGUUUUCGGGAACAUAGUGUGGGAGGGAUGCCGGUCUGUGCACAUUGUCAAGCGGAUCUGGUGUCAUGGAAUAAUUUCAAGCGCCACCACCGCUACAGACACUGUCCAGUGCUGUGGCUGCGGACCCAACAGUCUCAAGAUGUCUCCCCUCCUCAGGACGAUCCUCCCCCCGUCCCUCCUGUCCCGAUGGAGUCAUCCACUCUUUCUGCUCCUCAGGCUUGGAUUCCUCUCGCAGACUGGCCACAGCUCCGCGACGCCCCCAUGAGUCAAUGGCUUGAGAUCUUCCGAAUUCCCUCGGCAGCUCAGAUCUUACGUGAGGGCUGUGCCCAAUGUGGGCAAUGGCUGGUCAGUGUAAAAAGCAUCAAACUUCACUAUAAGCAUGUGCACCCAGACAUUUACGAAGAACUCAUCGACCAGGAAAUGGCGGAGGUGUUCGGCAAGCGGCCCCAUGCAGGGAAGCCGGGGCAGGAGAACGCAGUCCGCGACAGGGAGGAGAUGACGCUCCGGAUGGGGCAACUGCUGCUGCGACACACGGACUACCUAGCCCGCCUGCGCUCGGACCACACGGUCAUCAUCACAUACCGCAACGACGACACCCCGGAAUGCCUCCUGCCCGCCCUCCUAGAGAAGGCCGAGACCUGGCGCCGGCUGAAGCUCGAGAAGUCGCCCAACCUCACUCGGACACUUCGGCAAACGCUCCUUCUCUACACGCUUCAGGAACUCCGGGAGAGAGCUAUGAUGCUGGAGACCUCUGCAGCACAGGCGCAGGCAGAUCGCACCCGCUUCACGGAACUGCGCUGGAUGACGGCAGAGGGUCAUUGGAACCACUUGGUCUACGACCCGAGCGAGGUCCUCAAGGAGCUGGAGCGUCUCAUCAUCAUCUUCAAGACGCCGGAACUGAUCCUCAAGUACGACUCCUUUCGCCCUCUCAAGGGCAAGUUGGAGGGUCCGCUCAUGACGUUCCAGCUGGAGCUGUCUCUGCAGAGCCCGGUGGCGCACGAAGCCAUGCAGAUUUUGAGGGGGUGGUUUGGACUGUCCCACAUGCUGCUCAUGGGCGCCCGCAUCAAGCCGGAGCGAGCAAUCCGGCCACAUUUGGCACAGGCUCUACAGCAAGCUCUGUUCGGAUGA